GAGCUGGCGCACAAACUGAGCCGCAGCUUCGACAUGAAGGAGGAGCAGGAGCUGCUGGAGACGGACGCCGGCGCGCUGCGGCGCCACCAGUCCAUGCAGCGCCUCUCGCGCGGCGACCUCUCGGACGCGCAGCUCGACGAGGAACUCGGUGCAUUAGUGGUGCCUGAUCAACAGGGCAACCUGCGCAUCACCGUCAAGAAGACCAAGCCCAUCCUGGGCAUCGCCAUCGAGGGAGGCGCCGACACCAAGCACCCCAUUCCGCGCAUCAUCAACAUUCACGAAAAUGGUGCAGCUUUCGAAGCGGGUGGUUUAGAAGUAGGACAAUUAAUUCUUGAAGUGGAUGGUCAAAAAGUGGAAGGAAUGCACCACCAAGAUGUGGCGCGCCUCAUUGCUGAGUCAUUUGCUCGAAGAGAGAGGCAAGACAUUGAGUUCCUUGUGAUGGAGGCCAAGAAAUCGAAUCUGGAACCAAAGCCGACAGCACUCAUUUUCCUGGAAGCCUAGCAGUUGCUCUCCCUUCCUUGAGCCUGAUUCAGCACGGUGGCCAUCGCGGAAGCUCUUUGCGGGGUUCCCUCUGUCUGUGAUGAUGCCCCACAUUGCACUAGAACACAACAGGUAAAAUGUUGACUUGUGGGUUUCUAAUUCUUCAGUGGUGAAUUUGCUUGGCUCCUCAGUUCCGUGAAGAUGUAAUGUCAUGAGUAUUAUCAUGUGUGUUUCUAAUCUUGCUAAUAGAAGAAUGAAACAGUAGUAUGAAUGAUAAUGAUAAAAGUUGAGAUUGAAUAAACAUGACAAUGUGUUCGGGCAAAUGUUUUCAGCUAUGAAGAAACAAACAAAAUGAAAGUUAUGAGUCACAAGCAAUGCACAUAUUUACUCUAAACAAACAAACAAAUACAAAAAGCCUUAUAGAGGUGACUGACUAGAUGGAUCAGAAAGUGCCUAUCAGUAAACAUAAAGCCAGCAGCUUACUUGAAGAUGUUAUGAAUGUACCCGCAUAUUUGAUGUUGUUUGUCUGCAUUUAUCAACAUAGUGCCGCCAAUGGGAAACCCAAAGAGACUUCUCUAGUGAAUUCUGCUUACUCUGGGCCAGCAUUGUUGUCAGGUUUGAGGGAAGGGAGCUUGAAACUUUUAAAUAUUGCUGUAAGAUGGGGCAAAGAAUUUUAAAUGUGCUUAAAGUAGUAUGCGAUUCUUCUUCAGUAAUAAAAGAGAAAAUGUUUUUCAAAUUAGCACAUGUUAUCAAGUGAUUAAUACUUACUGUAGAGGUAAUUCACAUUUGAAAUAGUAUUUUGUACUUCAGUUUUAUAAUUUUUAUACAAAAUAUAAUACUGAAAUAUUAUAAAGAAAUUGUUUAUUAUUAAUAAAUAAUAUUUAUGCAAAGUGUAAAUGUCCUGUGAGGAUGCUGAUCAAGAUUGCAAAUCCAAAUUUGACAUCUUUCCACCCUGGCACAAUGAUAACAAAAUAGAAUGGAUCUUAAACAGCAACCUCUGAUGACAGCAAAUAUGAUAAACACAAGUUAAUGAUACCUCAAGUCUGAUGAGUACUCACAUUAUUCAUUCAUUGAAUCAUCCAACUGUUUAAUCUGAUUGCCAAAUGGAUUCUAAAUUAGGUAAAUGUUUUCAUUAUUUACUUUGCCUUCUAAUACUCUCAUUCUCAUUUCAGAAAUAUUCUUGAACUUAUUCAUUGACAUGAAAGAUUUUUUUUAUUAGAAGCAGAAAAUUAUGCCAUGUUACAAUAUCUCAUUUUUGGUUACUAAUUUCCCCAUUACUACAUUACAUAUAUAUUUAUAAAUGCAUUAUUAUUUGUACUUCAUGACCACAUUAAUUUUAUGUUCCAAUCGCUCAAUUAUGUUCUGUAUUUUCCUAACAAAGAAAUUCAUUAAUGACCAAUUCACCUCACAAUAUUAUUUAAGUAUAAUUUUCUCAUGAAACUCGUGUGCUAAUACAUUAGUCAAAAUUAAUUGUAGAAAGAUAACACAUUUGUGGCAAAAAAAAGAGACCAAACUUGCCCAAAUAUUUCAAUGGAAAGAAAUUUUAAUUUUAUGAUGGAGAUCCCACACAACAAAGCACAUCGAAAUUCUUUGCCUCUAUGUAAAUGUUACAACUAUUUUCAAUAUUGUUAUAAGGCAAUUGUUCAUGUUAUAUAUAAAGACUUGACUUAAAGCUACAAUAUGUACAUAUUUCAUAAACUUUUGAAAAAUGCAGAGUCAAAACUACAAACAGACUCGGUGAACUGUGCCAAAGCUAGAAUCAAUCUGUAUAGGUGAAUACUUUAUGCUUCUGGGAAUAAGUUUUCUCCAAUAGCAGCUAUUGUGCACUGUCUCCACUAGAUUCUUAUAUCUUUACUACUGCCUUGACUGUUGAAGCUCCACAGCUGUGCAAAUUUGUACACUGUAAUUUGGACAGUCACUAUCUAUAUUUGGGGAAGUAGAGGAAAGGUAAAGCAACAUUGUGAUGAAAUUAAAUUCAAAGUGUUUACCACGUAUUUUUAUCAUCACAACACAAUGUUUUUGUACACAAUUAAUGAAGAUAACCAAAUAUCAUCAGAUCCCAAUAAAGUUAACAAAGAUAUUAUUGUUUUGAAUGAUUGAGGAAGAACAUUGAGUUAAAUAACCAUUUGCUGCAAUCAGUAUAAGAUGAAAAUUAUAAUGAUUGCCUUUGCUGUAACACAUUUUCAAAAUUGUGCAUUUCUAUUUUUAAAUAGAUAUCAAGAAAUCCUAAAGUAUAUUUGAAAUAAAACUAUUGAGAUAAAACAGAAAUAAAAUGUCUAAAUUUAGUAAUUAAAUCUUCUUUAGGAAAGAUGUGAUUUUUCUUAUCACCAGAAAACAUUAAGAGCAAAAGUAGAUACAGUUUCUUAAAUUACAAUAUUUUCCAAUUUUCAAAAGAUUUUUCCUGAAUUUAAUUAUAAUCAAAAUGUUGCUUUUGGAAUGUAAUUCGAUACUGUUUAUCAAAAAACAAAAAUUAAACAAAAAUACAAGCUUACAAAUGUUAUAUCACUGUAAUAAAACAAUUUAAAGUUAACAAAGCAAGUGUGUUGACAGCUUUUUAGUUUGUAAUUGUCAUUAUGAAAUCAAAUGAGAUAAUAGAUAAAGAAAUUGCUACAGUUGUGUAGUAAGGUAUAAAAAUUGUGUAAUUCCUACACUGAUAAUUUGUUGUUACAAGUCAAAGAGAGUGCCAAAGUGUUAUAAAAUUAGAAUAUUUUAUUAUAAAAUUUGUAAGUGAGUGAAGAAUGUUAACUGUAAGGAAAUGGGAGAGCCACAAGUAAGAUGUUAAAAAAGACAAGGCCAAAUUGUAUUUCUCUCUUCUUUGCCUUUUGAAAUUUGACUUUCAUUUCUCCUAUUUUAUUUCAAAAUUACCAAUUAAGAGUAACCUCAACUUUUAUUUCAAAGGAAUGCAGCAUAUAUUACUGAGAAUUUUUGUAAUACACUACAUGAUUUUCCAUUUGAAUUUUCUGAAAUGUAAAAUUAUCCAUUGUUUUGGUUUAACAUACAUGGAAUAUUGAUUGGUCUUGCUUAACAACCAAGUAACCUAUAUCAACUUGUGUCAGUAUCCCAUAUGUGACAUUUAUUUAAUAUUGAUUUAUUGUUAUGCCAAGUAAUGUUAAAUUUCAUGGAAAUAUUAUUCUGUGAUGCCUCAAGAGUGUGUAUAGAUGUUAGCUUUUCACCAUGAAUUUGCAAUACUAGUUGAAAAACAAUGAAUGCAUUUUCCCAAGUUGUUUGUUGAGAAUGAGGUUGAAAGUUUACUCAAAAAUAACACUGAGUUGUAAUAAUUGCUAAACAUUCUAAAUUAUUUGGUGCUUCUAUAUGCUACUAGUCUCCCAGUGUAAUAUUCAUAAUAAUAAUAAUAAGAAGAAGAAGAAUGUUAAUAAU